AUGGCCUCCAAACGAAAGACCGGAAAGGUUGACGAUCUCACGCCUCAGCCUGCGAGCCCCGAGCAAUUCGAGAAUGAGCUCAAGAGUCUCGCCUCGAAAGCCCAGAAGGACUCGGGAGAGUCCUGGAUCCUCAAGCAGCUCGCCCUCUAUUUCAAGACGACUACUCUGCUCAUCCUUGUGGCUGCCUACUCCAACGUGUCUUACCUGACUCUUUCGCCAGUCUAUGGACCGAUCCCAUCGUCAGUAUGGCAUUCCAAGGUCAUCAUGGGCGCAGCGUUUGCCGGAUGGUCUGGAAACAUCUGGCUCAACCGCGCACUGCCCAUCAAACCCGCCCAUCUCCUGCCCGUCAUUGCCAUGUGGAUCCCCACGAUCCAAUUCUUCCUUUUCGGCUGGAGCAACACCUUCACAGCACACUAUGGGCCGCUUGUGACUGAACUGCUCACUUUGUUUCCCCUGGUCGCCAUAUCCGCCGCCACCGUCGCCACAAUGUUGGAGGAUGCUGAUCUCUCUUUCCUGCCCCAAUUCUUCGCCGAGGCCGGACCAGGCAUCGCAUCGUGGCUGAUCCUCAAGCUUUUUGAGAACCUCACGGACGGCGUGAUUCAGGCAUUCAUCGGGCAAGCCUUUUUCACGACGCGAAUCGGGCUUGAGCUUCUGCUGGGCGCUGCAUAUGCCUUGUUCGCGCCCUCGAACCUAAUCGUGGUGUCCCUGCCAGCGCUGUACCACACAGCCAUGCACAACUACCAUGUCAUGUCCCCUGCUGCCACUGUGGGCCUCAACUACACGCUGCAGGCUGACAAUUGGAUCCUUCUGGACCGCAGGGAGUCACUGACCGGCUACAUUUCCGUCAUCGAGAGCCUUGACAAGGGGUUCCGCGUCAUGCGCUGUGAUCACUCGCUCCUUGGAGGUGAAUGGAUGAAGGUCAGGCCUACGGAUCCUCGUGUGGCUGAGCCCAUCUAUGGCGUUUUUGUUAUGCUCGAGGCCACCCGACUUGUUGAGGUUACAAGCCCCGUUCCUGACAAUGAAGCCAAAGCUCUCGUCAUCGGCCUGGGUAUUGGAACGACGCCAGCGGCUCUCGUCGCGCAUGGCAUUGAUACGACUGUCGUGGAGAUUGAUCCAGUGGUUCACGAGUUCGCUUCCAAGUAUUUCCAACUGCCCAAGAACCACACGGCGGUUAUCGACGAUGCCGUCAGCUACACGGCUUCUCUUGUCAACAAUGCGGAAGCUCAGUACGAUUACAUUGUUCAUGAUGUGUUCACCGGCGGCGCCGAGCCCAUCCCCCUUUUCACCCUGGAGUUCCUCCAGGGACUGAGCUCCUUACUGAAACCUGACGGCGUGAUCGCCAUUAACUACGCCGGCGACUUUGUUCACCCAGCUCCUAGGAUCAUCGUCAACACUAUCCGGGAGGUGUUCCCUUCGUGUCGCAUCUUCCGUGAGUCGGCCGCUCCCGACGAAGAGACUUUGGCAAAGGACAAGAAGGAUUUCACCAACAUGGUCAUCUUCUGCAAGAAGACUUCUGGUGACAUCACGUUCAGGAGGCCUACAGAGAGCGACUAUCUGGGCAGCAGGUCUCGGCGAGCGUAUAUGAUGCCGCAACACGAGGUGUUGGACGCCAACUUCAAACUCGGCGCCGAGGACGGCAUCCUCAGGAACAACGACACGGCUAAGCUGGCGCAGUGGCACCAGAAGAGCGCACUGGGUCAUUGGGAGGUCAUGCGUACGGUGCUGGACCCCAAGAUCUGGGAACUGUGGUGA